ACCACAGCAGCAGCAGCGCAAGCCACCUCAACAGCAAUACAACAACAAUUCACAACAGCAAGUGCGUCGCAAAUAUUCCUCGGAGUACAAUCAUCAACAACAGCAGCAGCAGCAGCAGCAGCAACAUCAUCAUCACCAUCAUCAUCAGGGCAGCAGCGAUACUGGCAUCCAAACCACCAAGUCAAUGUCCUGGACGAAAUCUGCACAGCACAAGAAGUCCACGCAAUCGGUGGCGGUUACUGCCUCGCCAAAUACUGUGAAUAAUGGCGGGACUGUUGCUGUAGCUGCCGCUGCACCAGCGACAGCUGCUGUUGCAGCUGCAACUGCUGCAACAACUGCUGCAACACCGAACGUGAGCUUUAAUAAGCAAUCAACUGGUGGCGUUGGCGUCUAUAGCCAUCCCACUAAGACCUAUACCAAUCAGCAGCACUACCAGCAACAGCAGCAGCACUACCAAACUAACUACAACAACAACAACAGCAGCAGCAGCAGCAGCAGCAACAACAACAACAACAAUAAUAAUAAUAACAACAGUAGCAGCAAUAAUAAUAGCAGCAACAGCAGCAACAACAAUCAGCCACAAAUGCGCACAUAUGGCACAAUGAAAGUGCCCUCAUCGCCAGUGGCAAGCACAGCACCGCCACUGGAGCGUAAGAUCAGCGGACAGCAACAGCAUCAGCAGCAACAGCAGCAACAGCAACAGAGCAACAGUAAUGCAACGACAGCAUCAGCAGCAGCAGCAACAACAACAACUACCUCAACGGCAAGCAUAACAGCAACGCCGCAUCAGUUUCAACAACAGACGUCCAUUGAAAGUCAGUCCAAUAGCACAAACAAUGCGUCAGUGCAACAAUCAUCACAACAACAACAACAACAGCAGCAGCAGCAACUCCAGCUGCAGCAGCAGCAGCAGCAGCAACAUGGCCAUAAUCAGUACGCGCCAGCUGCCGCCAAACCCUAUUUAAGCCAUGCUGGCAAAAAUAAACACAGCACACAUCCCACUAGCCACAGCAGCCAAGAUGCAUCAGCAUCCUUUAGCACAGCAGCAGGAGUAGCAACAGCUGCUGCAGCAGCAGCAGCAGCCACUGUGGCAGCAGCGCAGCCCGCUCUCAAUUUGGCGCCACCAGCGCCGCCAGCGUCACUGAGCAGCAGCAGCUCGGAGAGCGGACAACCGUCGUGGGCCAGUCUCUUUGCGAGCAAGAAGCCCGUGGCGAAAGUGGCGCCCUACGAUGGCAACAAGUCACAGCAGCAGCUAAAUCAGCAUCAGCAACAACAGCUGCAAUUGGUGUCACCACAGCAGCAACAACAACAGCAACAGCAAUUGCCUGCACUUCAGCAGCAACAACAUCAACAGCAGCAGCACCUGCCUAGCGUGCAUCAGCAAUUGCAAUCACCGACGCCAGUGUCAGCGCCAACCGUACCUCUAAUCACACCCGGCACCCUCUCCUAUUCCGCUGCCUCGGCACAGGCUGUGCCCGUUGCCACAGCACCGCCCACCUCGUUGGCGGUCAAGCCGCUGAAGGCGGAGCCAUCGCGUGCCGCUCAACUCGAUGAGUGGACGAACAAAUAUGCUGAGUUUCUGACACGUCACAAAACCAAUCUGACGCCCGUCAGCCUGCGACCGCGUGGUCUGACCAAUCGUUCCAACUAUUGCUAUAUCAACUCGAUACUGCAGGCGCUGCUUGGCUGCUCCCCAUUCUACAAUCUGCUGCGCUCCAUACCCAAACAGGCGGCGGUGAUGAGCGAGGUGAAGACGCCCACCGUGAAUGCCAUGAUGUCAUUUAUGAGCAAUUUUUCAUCGUUGCCCGGCGGUACACGGUUGCGUUUCAGCAAUAACAAAGCGGCCCAGAUUAAGGGCAAAGAUGAAUUUGCUGGCGUUGAUCUGCAAUGUGAUUUGGCCUUUGAGCCCACGGAAAUAUACAAGCUGUGGAAUGACAGCCGCGAGGAGCACGUGGAGGGCCGACAAGAGGAUGCUGAGGAAUUCUUGGGCUAUGUGCUGAACAAGCUCAACGAUGAGAUGCUGGAGGUUAUCAAGCUGAUUGCCAAGCCAAAUGCCCGGCAGAAUGGUGAGGAGCAGGAACAGGAGCCCGAGGAUGGUGGCGAUGUUUGGCAGAUGAUCUGCAACAAUCGCAACAAGGGCAGCGUCACACGCCAAACGGACUUUGGACGCACACCACUGAGCGACAUCUUUCGCGGUGAGUUGCGUUCGCGUCUGCAGCGCGAGGGCGAACACUCCACGGAUGUUAUACAGCCAUUCUUUACGCUGCAACUGAACAUUGAGAAAGCCGCUUCGGUGAAGGAGGCUCUGGAGAUACUCGUUGGUCGUGAUCAGCUGGAGGGCGUAACUGGCAGCAAGACCAAGCAGGAGGUUGUUGCCUGGCAGCAAAUGACACUGGAAAAGUUGCCAGUCGUUCUAAUAUUGCAUUUAAAAUACUUCGACUACAGAUCCGAUGGCUGCACAAAGAUCUUGAAAAAGGUUGAAUUCCCUGUGGAGCUGAAAAUCGAUGCCAAGAUACUAGGCUCGAAGAAGACCUCGCAAAAGCAGCGCGCCUAUCGCCUAUUUGCUGUGGUCUACCAUGAUGGCAAGGAGGCGUCGAAGGGCCAUUAUAUAACGGACGUGUUUCAUACUGGCUAUAACAGCUGGCUGCGCUACGACGAUAGCUCGGUGAAGCCGAUCGGCGAGAAGCAAGUGUUGCAGCCGCACACGCCGCGUGUGCCUUAUCUACUCUACUAUCGCCGCUUCGAUACCCUCCCACAGAUGCAGACGAGCAAUGGCGGUGCUGGCACUACUGUGGGCGCCACCAAUGCUCAUGCCUCGGUCAGUUCCGCCUCCAGCACAUCGGCUGCAAACUCAGCGAAUAAUAAAUGAAACCAAGUUGUCAAAAAACAAAAAAAAACGAACCUAGAA